CUUUCUGUUCUGGCUUAAACUGUCUGGGAUGUCAGACUCGCAAGAACAUCUGAGUGGGGAGAGUAGGUUUCAACACUGAUGUCUGCAAUGAGGGCUGCUCUGUGGCUAGCAUUGUCAGUGCUAUUUUCCCAAGACUGUGGAAGUGGCGAAGGCAGUGUUUUGGAGCUGGUUUUGACCCUGUGGUGUUACCGGCCCCGCCUGAAAAUCCCGCUGCUGGCGCUCAGCAAGUACGGCUGUUACUGUGGCUCUGGUGGCUCCGGGAGUCCCCUGGAUCUUGUGGACCAGUGCUGCUUCCAGCACGACUGCUGCUAUCGUCAUGCCAGGGUUGCUUUGAAAUGCCACAGCAGGGUCAAGUGGAAGCGCUACAAGCUCUCCUGCAGGAGUUCGGAGACCGAAUGUCGCUCAACUAGCCUCUGCGGCCAGGCAGCAUGCGAGUGCGACAAGCAGCUGGCUGAGUGUUUGACCGAAGCGAAACCAAAGAGGAAAUUUUACAACAGGGAGGAUCUCUGCAGGGGACCCAAGAAUCCUUGCCCAAACAUCCACCAAAACUGGACGGAAACCUCUCAAUGGGGAAGCUCUCCCACUCCAUCCAACUGAGGAAGAAUUGAACUCUGAAAAGGAACUGCCUGGGGAGAAAACAGCAUCUGGUUGCAAAGGACACACACAGCUCUAAGCGGGGUAUGUUUAGCUUGGAGAAAAGAAGGAUGAGAGGGGACAUGACAGCCAGCUUUAAAUAUUUGAAAGGAUGUCAUAAGGAAGAGGGAAUAGGCUUGUUUUCUGCUGCUCUGGAGGCUAGGACACAAUGGAGCAAUGGAUUCAAACUGCAAGGGGAAAAGAGAUUCCACCUAAACAUUAGUAAGAACUUCCAGAAAAGUAAGAGCUAUUCAACUGCUUCAUAGCAUGGCAGAGUCUCGCUUCUCUUUUUAUGCAGAGGCUGGAUGGCCAUCUGUCAGGAGGACUUUGACUGUGUUUUUCCUCAUGGCAAAAUGGGGUUCAGAAUGGACGGUCCGUGAAGUUUUCUUUCCAGUUCUAGGAUUCUAUGACUAUGAACUUGACACCUGUGUUUUUAGACUGAACUCAUCUGAAGCCACUGAAUUUAGGUUUGUACUCAGCACUUUAUCCCUUGCCUUGACCCUACAGUCUGCUCUUUGCACAAGUCCAUGCCUAGUCUGAUCAUGCUCAUAUUCGUAUUCCCAGUUGCUGUGUUGGUUUGAUAUAGUUACAGUGCUGCUUGCAUAUUUUGCUGUUUUUAAUUGUGUUUUAAUUGGACUGUUAUGUGUUAUGAUGUUCUUAACUGCAUUUUUAGUUAGUGUAUUUUGUUUGUAUGCUCUGGGCCUGGUCCCGCUUGUAAGCCACCCCGAGUCCCUUUGGGGAGAUGGUUGGCGGGGUAUAAUAAUAAUUUUAUUUUUAUAUCCCGCCACCAUCUCCUAGGAGGGACUCAGGGCAGCUUAAAAACGGGACACGCACUGUAACCACAGAGUAAACAACUAAAAACAAUUUUAAAACAUAAUAAAAAAUAACAACCUAAUUAUACAAUGAAAAAUAGUAGAGUAUAAAAAUAUCAUGAAAAUGAAUCAAAACAAACCUCAACAACCAGAAUCAAGAAUAUGGUGGGCAGAUCAAAAAUUAGUGGGGGAUGGGCAUAGGCUUGUGCAAGAAGCGGAUUAUAGGGCCAGGGCUGUGGGUUAAGUGCUGAGUUCAAUCUGAUGGUCGAUUUGAGCUGGGCAUUCACGGAUAGGGGCCUAACCAUUGUCAGCUGCACAUUGGAACAUCCAUGUUUUGAGGACCCUUGGUAAAGGUUUUCCCCUGACAUUAAGUCUA